AUGUGUCACUUCCCAAACAAAGCCAUGCCUUCAGCAGGAACCUUGCCUUGGAUACAGGGCAUUAUUUGCAAUGCCAACAACCCUUGCUUCCGCUACCCAACUCCUGGGGAAUCCCCUGGUGUCAUCGGAAACUUCAAUGCCUCUAUAAUCAGCAGGUCAGCAGCAGAAUUCAGGAGACUGCUGUUUUAUACUGAGCAGGAGACAGGAAUGAAAGACAUAGAGAAACUGGAGCAAGUUAUCAAGAAGACGGAGCCAAGCUCUUCACACUUGAAACUUCGUGAUUUCCUGGUUGACAAUGAGACGUUCUCAGACUUCCUCCAUCAUAAUGUGUCUAUGCCACCAUUUGCAGUAGACAAGCUACUGAACGCUGAGGUCAACCUCCAACAGGUCAUUGUGUCUGGCUACCGAAUGCAAGUGCAAGAUCUCUGCAAUGCCUCAAUGCUCUCUGAAUUUUUUACAAUCCAAAACCAGUCAGUGGCUACAGACUAUGAAGCCUUCAUUUGCACUGUAUCAAAGGAAAAACUCCAUGCAGCAGAAUGGGCCUUCCAUUCUAACCUGGACCCUAUGAAGCCCCUCCAGACACGAGUCUCUUUCAAUUCCUCCUUGUGGGUUCUGUCAGAAACCAUAGAGACUUUAACAGAGAGCCUUGGGAAGCUUGUUAAAGAGUUCCUGAGCAUGAAGAGCUGGAGUGACAUGAGGCAAGAGGUGAUGUUCCUGACCAAUGUGAAUGCCUCAAGCUCCUCUACACAGAUUUACCAGGCUGUGUCACGCAUUGUGUGUGGCCAUCCUGAAGGUGGAGGGCUCAAAAUCAAGUCCCUCAACUGGUAUGAGGACAAUAACUACAAAGCGCUCUUCAGAGACAACAGCACUGAAGAUGACAUAACCAACUUCUACGAUAACUCCACAACACCCUACUGCAACGAGCUGAUGAAGAACUUGGAAUCCAGCCCACUUUCCCGAAUUAUUUGGAGGGCUCUGAAACCCUUGCUGAUUGGGAAGAUCUUGUACACUCCCAACGCACCAGCCAUAAGGAAUGUUAUAUUUGAGGUGAACAGGACGUUCCAGGAGCUGGGUGUGUUUCGUGACCUCAGAGGUAUGUGGGAGGAGAUAAGCCCAAAGAUUUGGACAUUUAUGGAAAGCAGCCAGGAAAUGGAUCUGAUUCGGACACUGCUGAAAAGCAAAGGUCUCCAGGACCUGAGCUUGCCUACUUCAAACUGGACAGUGGAGGAUGUUGCCCGUUUCCUGUCAAAGCACCUGGAGGAGUUUAAGACAGCAAAUGGCUCAGUGUAUACCUGGGUGGAUGCCUUCAAUGAGACAGACUGGGCUAUUCAGACCAUCUCCCGCUUCAUGGAGUGUGUCAAUCUGGACAAACUGGAGCCUGUGGCCACAGAAGUACAGCUUAUAAACAAGUCCUUGGAGCUGCUGGGUGAAAGGAGAUUCUGGGCUGGCAUCAUUUUCACUGAAAUCACUCCAAACAGCAUAGACCUCCCUCAUCACAUCAAAUACAAAAUACGCAUGGACAUAGAUAAUGUGGAAAGGACCAACAAGAUCAAGGAUGGGUACUGGGACCCCGGUCCCCGGGCUGACCCCUUUGAGGACAUGCGCUAUGUUUGGGGAGGCUUUGCUUACCUGCAGGACAUGGUGGAACAGGCGAUCAUCAGGGUGCAGACAGGCACAGAGAAGACAACAGGGGUUUAUGUGCAGCAGAUGCCCUACCCAUGUUAUGUGGAUGACAUAUUUCUGCGUGUCAUGAGCCACUCAAUGCCCCUCUUCAUGACUCUGGCCUGGAUCUACUCAGUGGCUGUGAUAAUCAAGGACAUUGUGUAUGAGAAGGAAGCCCGGCUGAAGGAAACGAUGAGGAUUAUGGGAUUAGACAAUGGCAUCCUAUGGCUGAGCUGGUUCAUUAGCAGCCUCAUCCCUCUCCUGAUGAGCGCAGCCCUGCUGGUGCUGAUCCUCAGGAUGGGGAAACUGCUGCCUUACAGUGAUCCUAGCGUGGUGUUUGUUUUCCUCUCAAUCUUUGCCGUUGUGACCAUCCUCCAGUGCUUCCUCAUCAGCACUGCAUUCUCCAGGGCCAACCUGGCGGCUGCCUGCGGGGGCAUUGUCUAUUUCAUGCUGUACCUACCUUAUGCGCUGUGUGUUGCCUGGCAGGACCAUGUCAGCUUCUCGCUCAAGAUCUUCGCGAGCCUGCUGUCUCCAGUAGCCUUUGGCUUUGGCUGUGAGUACUUUGCACUGUUUGAGGAGCAGGGAGUUGGUGUUCAGUGGGACAACUUCUUUGAGAGGCCUCUGGAAGAAGAUGGCUUCAGCAUCACCACAUCUGCCAUCAUGAUGAUGUUUGAUACCUUCCUAUAUGGGGUCAUGACCUGGUACAUUGAGUCCAUCUUCCCAGGCCAAUAUGGCAUUCCAAGACCCUGGUACUUCCCCUUCACAAAGUCAUACUGGUUUGGUGAGGAAUCACAGGACAGGCAGCACCCUCACCCUGACCAGAAGGGGCCUUCAGAAGUCUGCAAGGAGGAGGAGCCCACGCAUCUGCGCCUUGGGGUUUCCAUCCAGAACCUGGUCAAGGUUUAUAGUGAUGACAAGAAAGUUGCUGUAGAUGGUCUCACACUGAACUUCUAUGAAGGGCAGAUCACCUCCUUUCUGGGACAUAAUGGAGCUGGGAAAACCACUGCCAUGUCCAUCUUGACUGGCUUGUUUCCUCCAACCUCAGGUACAGCCUUCAUCUUGGGCAAAGAUAUCCGUUCUGAGCUUAGCACCAUUAGGCAGAACCUUGGUGUCUGUCCACAGCACAAUGUGCUGUUUGACUUGCUGACUGUGGAAGAGCACAUCUGGUUCUAUGCUCGUCUCAAAGGGCUGUCAGAAAAGAAGGUGAAAGAGGAAAUGGAGCAGAUGGCAAUGGAUGUUAGUUUGCCUCUCAAACUCAAAGCUAGAACAAGCAAACUCUCUGGUGGCAUGCAGAGGAAGCUCUCAGUAGCCUUGGCCUUUGUUGGUGGCUCCAAGGUUGUCAUUCUGGAUGAGCCCACAGCUGGGGUGGAUCCUUAUUCUCGCAGAGGGAUAUGGGAACUGCUGCUGAAGUAUCGACAAGGCCGCACGAUCAUUCUCUCCACGCAUCACAUGGAUGAGGCAGACAUUCUUGGGGAUCGGAUUGCCAUUAUUUCUCAUGGCAAGCUGUGCUGUGUUGGUUCCUCUCUAUUCCUGAAGAACCAGCUAGGAACAGGCUAUUAUUUGACCCUGGUCAAGAAGGAUGUGGAUUCCUCUCUGAGCUCCUACCGGAACAGCAGCAGCACAGUGUCUUAUCUGAAAAAGGAUGACAGUGUCUCUCAGAGCAGCUCUGAUGCUGGCCUUGGCAGUGACCAUGAAAGCAACACCUUAAUAGAUGUUUCUGCAAUUUCUAACCUCAUUAUGAAACAUGUUCCUGAGGCCAGGCUGGUGGAGGAUAUUGGCCAUGAGUUAACCUACGUCUUGCCAUACGAAGCUGCUAGAGAGGGAGCUUUUGUGGAGCUGUUCCAUGAAAUUGAUGACCGCCUUUCUGAUCUCAGCAUUUCCAGCUAUGGCAUCUCCGAAACCACCCUGGAGGAAAUCUUCCUCAAGGUGGCUGAUGACAGUGGUGUGGAUGCAGAAACCUCAGAUGGGACACUACCAGCCAGAAGGAAUAGGCAUGUGUUUGGAGACAGACAGAGCUGCCUUCACCCAUUCACAGAAGAUGAUGCUUUUGACCCUAAUGAUUCAGAGACAGAUCCAGAAUCCAGAGAGACAGACCACUUCAGCAGGAUGGAUGGGAAAGGCUCCUACCAGAUGAAAGGCUGGAAGCUCAUCCAGCAGCAGUUCAUGGCUCUGUUGUGGAAGAGGCUGCUUAUUGCUAAGCGAAGGAAGAAGGGCUUCUUUGCUCAGAUUGUGUUGCCAGCCAUAUUUGUGUGUAUUGCUCUCAUGUUCAGCCUGAUCAUUCCUCCCUUUGGGAAGUACCCCAGCCUGGAAUUACAACCCUGGAUGUAUGAUGAGCAGUACACUUUUAUCAGCAAUGAUGCUCCAGAUGAUGCAGGCACUCAGAAACUUUUGUCUGCACUUCUAAAUGAGCCUGGCUUUGGGACACGCUGUAUGCAGGGAUACUCCAUCCCAGACACUCCUUGCACUGUUGGGCAGAAGGAAUGGACCACUUCCUCAGUCCCAGACUCAAUCCUGGACAUCUUGAAAGGCAACUGGAGCAUGGAGAACCCUUCCCUGUCUUGUGAGUGCAGCGAUGAGAAGAUCAAGAAGAUGCUGCCUGUGUGUCCCCCUGGUGCAGGUGGGAUGCCACCCCCACAGAGAGAGCAAGACACUGCUGACAUCCUCCAGAACCUGACAGGCCGCAAUAUAUCAGACUAUCUAGUGAAGACCUAUGCACAGAUCAUUGGGAAAAGCUUAAAGAAUAAGAUCUGGGUGAAUGAGUUCAGGUAUAGCGGCUUUUCCCUGGGAGCCAGCAGUUCCCUCAUGCUUCCUCCUAGCCACAAAGUCACUGAUGCCAUCAAGCAAGUGAAGAAAGUCUUGGAGCUAGCACAGGGGGGUCCUGGAGAUCGGUUUCUCAACAGCUUGGCAAGCUUCAUGAAAGGCCUGGAUACAAAGAACAAUGUGAAGGUGUGGUUUAACAACAAGGGCUGGCAUGCCAUUGUCUCCUUCCUGAAUGUGAUAAACAAUGCCAUCCUUCGGGCCAACCUGCAGCAGGGCAAGAACCCCAGUGUUUAUGGCAUCACUGCCUUCAAUCACCCACUCAACCUCACCAAGCAGCAGAUCUCUGAAGUGGCACUAAUGACCACCUCCGUGGAUGUCUUAGUCUCCAUCUGUGUGAUCUUUGCCAUGUCCUUCAUCCCUGCCAGCUUCGUGGUCUUCCUCAUCCAGGAGCGGGUCAGCAAGGCCAAACACUUACAGUUCAUCAGUGGUGUGAAGCCUGUGAUCUACUGGCUGGCCAACUUUGUCUGGGAUAUGUGUAACUAUGUUGUUCCAGCCACGCUAGUUGUUGUCAUCUUCAUCUGCUUCCAGCAGAAGUCCUAUGUGUCCUCCUCCAACCUGCCUGUGCUGGCCCUUCUUCUGCUUCUCUAUGGGUGGUCUAUCACCCCUCUCAUGUAUCCAGCAUCCUUUGUGUUCAAAAUCUCCAGCACUGCAUACGUCGUGCUGACCAGUGUGAACCUCUUCAUUGGCAUCAAUGGUAGUGUGGCUACCUUUGUCCUGGAGCUCUUCACCAACAACAAGCUGAACAACAUCAAUGACAUUCUGAAGUCUCUCUUCCUCAUCUUCCCCCACUUCUGCCUUGGGCGGGGACUCAUUGACAUGGUGAAAAACCAGGCUGUGGCUGAUGCUCUGGAGAGGUUUGGGGAGAAUCAUUUUGUGUCCCCUCUGUCAUGGGAUUUGGUGGGGCGGAACCUCUUUGCCAUGGCAGUGGAGGGUGUAGUCUUCUUCCUCAUCACUGUGCUCAUCCAGUACAGGUUCUUCAUCAAGCCCAGGCCUGUCUAUGCCAAGUUGCCCCCUGUGAAUGAUGAAGAUGAGGAUGUAAACGGAGAGAGACAGAGGAUAAUCAGUGGAGGAGGACAAAGUGAUAAUUUGGAAAUCAAAGAACUAACCAAGAUUUACAGAAGGAAGCAAAAGCCAGCAGUUGAUAGGAUCUGUGUUGGAAUUCCCCCUGGAGAAUGCUUUGGCCUCCUGGGAGUGAAUGGUGCUGGCAAGUCAUCUACUUUCAAGAUGCUAACUGGUGAUACAGAUGUGACAGGGGGAGAAGCUUUCCUCAAAGGAAACAGUAUCUUGUCCAACAUCCAAGAAGUCCAUCAGAACAUGGGCUACUGCCUGCAGUUUGAUGCUGCUAAUGAACUGCUGACAGGGCGAGAACAUCUGGAGUUCUUUGCACUCUUGAGAGGUGUUCCAGAGAAAGAAGUCUGCAAGGUUGGCGAAUGGGCAAUCCGGAAACUGGGCCUUGUCAAAUAUGGAGAAAAAUGUGUGGGGAGCUACAGUGGAGGGAACAGACGCAAGCUCUCUACAGCUAUUGCUCUUAUUGGGGGUCCACCUGUGGUGUUCCUGGAUGAGCCAACAACAGGAAUGGAUCCCAAAGCACGUCGUUUCCUAUGGAACUGUGCUCUGAGUGUCAUCAAGGAGGGGAGAUCAGUGGUUCUCACAUCUCACAGCAUGGAAGAAUGUGAAGCCCUGUGCACUCGUAUGGCAGUAAUGGUCAAUGGGCGGUUCAGGUGUCUGGGCAGUGUCCAGCAUUUAAAGAACAGGUUUGGAGAUGGCUAUACCAUAGUGGUGCGAAUUGCAGGGGCAAACCCAGACCUGAAGCCAGUUGAGGAAUUCUUUGGGCUUGCCUUCCCUGGAAGUGUCCUGAAGGAAAAGCAUCGAAAUAUGUUGCAGUACCAGCUUCCCUCUUCACCAUCUUCCCUGGCCAGAAUAUUUAGCAUCCUCUCCCAGAACAAAAAGAGACUCCACAUUGAAGACUAUUCUGUUUCUCAGACUACACUUGACCAAGUAUUUAUAAAUUUUGCUAAGGACCAAAGUGAUGAUGACCACACUAAGGACCUGUCACUGCACAAAAAACGGACUGUUGUGGACAUUGCAAUCCUUAAUUCCUUUCUGCAAGAUGGGAAGGUGAAAGAAAGUUGUGUGUGAGUCAACUUCAGCAAAGAAAUGAUGAGCAGAAUGCAAACUUCCUUUGCCUGAGAUAG